UUUUACGGUUCGCUCACUGGCUCACUCUUACAAUCUAGGUAUCUCGGUAGCUAGCUAUUGCAGAAUUUAGGCAAUAAUAUUUUAUAUUGUUAGCUAACGUUGCACGAUGUCAUUUUAUUUUAGCUAUCUGGCUAGCUAGCUAAAUUGCGUUCUGCACAGUUGACUGGUCAAAGUUCAGGGCAGAUAGUUUGAAUUGAAAUACGGUCACAAUUUCAAGUGCAUUUGCAAUCCCUUGCAUUUUUUGAAAGCUGGAAAAUUACUAUUUUUGAGGCCCAAUGUUAUUGUGUUUUAAACAGAAUAGGUAGAAUUUGGACGAAACUCAACAGUAUACAAUAAAGCGUAUUUAGAAGCUAGCUAGCUUGGUUGCUGUGUGUAGGAAAACAGUUUUAGCUGUGUUUCAUUAGAGCUGAGAACACCGUGCAACCUCCGUGUUGCAGCAUUUCUACACAUUGUAGCGGGAGACUGUACGCGCGGAAAUAUAUCCUCAAUUGAACUCAUGGACCGGUGGGCAUUGUUUUGACUUUAUAUUAACGAUGGCGUUAUAGUAGUUGUCCUGGAAAGGUUUAGCAUGAAUGACGGUGGGCAGAAGAUCUUGUAUAAAAGCCAGCAGGGUGUGAUGUCAAACCCAUUGGCUACUGACUGUAAUCAAUCAGGGAAUCGCACGGGGGGAGCGAACGCUAGAGGCGAGCAAAGCACAACAGAAGCCCAGGAGAGGGAGCUUCCCGGACGGCAUGAAAAAUCAAGCAUCGCCGAUCGUGGCCUGCUGCUGGGUCAGUCGUUUUCGCUUCUGAGAGGAGGUUCUGAAGGAUGCCCGCUGCACAACUCAGCCCUGGAUCCUGGUAAACCGUUAGCGUCCAAAAGGUGGGAGGAUGGCUCAUGGUAUUCCCUCCCAGGGCAAAGUGACCAUCACUGUGGAUGAGUACAGCUCCAACCCCACGCAGGCCUUCACCCAUUACAACAUCAACCAGAGCCGCUUCCAGCCGCCCCAUGUCCACAUGGUGGACCCCAUCCCAUACGACACUCCCAAACCGGCGGGUCACACACGCUUCGUCUGCGUCUCUGACACACACUCCCGGACAGAUGGCAUCCAGAUGCCGUACGGCGACGUACUGCUCCACACGGGCGACUUCACUGAGCUGGGCCUUCCCUCCGAGGUUAAGAAGUUUAACGACUGGUUAGGUGGUCUACCUUAUGAAUUCAAAGUCGUUAUCGCAGGGAACCAUGAACUGACGUUUGACAAAGACUUCAUGGCUGAGCUGGUCAAGCAGGAUUACUACCGCUUUCCCUCUGUGUCCAAGUUGAAACCAGAGGACUUUGACAAUGUUCAGUCGCUCCUUACGAACUGUGUGUACCUGCAGGACUCCGACGUGACAGUCAAAGGAUUCCGAAUAUACGGGGCACCUUGGACACCCUGGUUCAAUGGAUGGGGCUUCAACUUGCCCCGGGGCCAGUCUCUGUUGGACAAGUGGAACCAGGUACCAGAGGGCAUCGACAUCCUCAUGACCCAUGGGCCUCCACUCGGUUUUCGGGACUGGGUUCCGAAGGAGCUGCAGCGGGUGGGCUGUGUGGAGCUUCUCAACACCGUGCAGAGGCGAGUCCGGCCCAAACUCCACGCCUUUGGGGGGAUCCAUGAGGGGUAUGGCAUUAUGACGGACGGGUACACGACAUACAUCAACGCCUCCACCUGCACAGUCAGCUUCCAGCCCACCAAUCCCCCGAUCGUAUUUGACCUGCCCAACCCCCCGAGCUCCUGAAAUCACAGGGAGUGAUGUAAAUUUCCAUUCUUUUCUAAUGAGUCAAACAUGCUAAAUGUUCUUUCCAAAAAAAAUAAGCUUUUGUAAACUGCUGGUACAAAAAUACAUAAAAUUGUGUUUUAAAGAUUGUGGUGGGAAUGGGGAGGGGGGGUGUCAAACCGUUGAAAAUGGAUUGGAUCUAUAAUAUGAAGCUUUGUGAAUUUGUAUGGUCUGUGUGUAUAUAUAUGUAUAUAUAUAUAUAUUCAUAUAUAUACAUAUAUAUAUUUAUAUAUGUACAGUGAGCUAGUGUUUGGCACAUAGGCAUGUUUAUUCUUGAUUUGGCUCUGUACUGCACAAUUUUAGAUUUGUAAUAAAACAAUUGAAAUCUAAUGUGGUAAUGUGCACAAAAGUGCAUCUCAGCUUUUAUUUAAGGAUAUUUUUAUGAACUUUGGUUUCACCAUGUAGAAAUUACCGCACCUUUUAUACGUAACCCCCAAUUUUAGGGCACUAAUGUUUGGCACAUGUUAAUAUUAUUUAAAUGAAAGUAGUCAUGUUCAGUAUUUUGUUGCAUAUCCUUUGCAUGCAAUGACUGCUUGUAGUCUGUGACCCAUAGCCAUCACCAGGUGCUAGGCUAUAUUCUCUGGUGAUACUCUGCCAGGCCUGUACUGCAGCCAUCUGUAGCUCCUGCUUGUUUCAGGGACUAUUUGCCUUAAGUUUUCUCUUCGGCAUAUUCAGUUGGAUUCAGAUGAGGUGAAGGACUUGACCAGUCA